CGCGCGCCUGGGGCCGCUUCCGCGAACAUGGCGGCGCCGUAGCCGGGGCCCAGGAGCCGGGGGCGCGGGGCUGCCGCCGAGCACAGUCCUGGCCGACGAUGGCGACCCCCGACCAGAAGUCGCCCAACGUGCUGCUGCAGAACCUGUGCUGCCGGAUCCUCGGCCGGAGCGAAGCUGAUGUAGCCCAACAGUUCCAGUUUGCUGUGCGAGUUAUUGGCAGCAACUUUGCCCCAACUGUUGAAAGAGAUGAAUUUCUGGUAGCUGAGAAAAUCAAGAAAGAACUCAUUCGGCAAAGGAGAGAGGCAGAUGCUGCAUUGUUUUCAGAGCUCCACAGGAAACUUCAUUCCCAGGGAGUUUUGAAAAAUAAAUGGUCAAUACUCUACCUCUUGCUGAACCUCAGUGAAGACCCGCGCAGGCAGGCAAACAAGGUGUCCAGCUAUGCCUCGUUGUUUGCACAGGCAUUGCCGAGAGAUGCUCAUUCCACUCCCUACUACUGCGCCAGGCCUCAGUCCCUGCCCCUGAAUUACCAGGACCGGGGCACCCAGGCGGCGCAGAGCUCUGGCAGCCUGGGCAGCAGCGGCAUCAGCAGCAUCAGCGUGUGUGCCCUCAAUGGCCCUGCACCUGCGCCCCAGCCUCUCCUCCCAGGACAGUCUCAUCAAACUCCGGGAGUCGGGGAUUGCCUUCGACAGCAGCUGGGGUCACGUCUUGCAUGGACUUUAACUGCAAACCAGCCUUCUUCGCAAACCCCUCCCUCAAAGGGUGUCUCUAGUGCUGUUUCUCGCAACCUGACGAGGUCGAGGAGAGAAGGAGAGACGGGCGGUGCUAUGGAAAUUACUGAAGCAGCUCUCGUGAGAGACAUUUUAUACGUCUUCCAGGGCAUAGAUGGCAAAAAUAUCAAAAUGAGCAACACUGAAAAUUGUUAUAAAGUGGAAGGAAAGGCAAACCUAAGUAAAUCUUUGAGGGACACGGCAGUCAGACUUGCUGAGCUGGGAUGGUUACAUAAUAAAAUCAGAAAGUACACUGACCAGAGGAGUCUGGACCGUUCCUUUGGACUUGUAGGUCAGAGCUUCUGUGCCGCUCUGCACCAAGAGCUCAAGGAGUAUUACCGCCUACUCUCCGUUUUACAUUCCCAGCUACAGCUAGAGGACGAUCAGGGGGUGAAUUUGGGACUUGAGAGUAGCCUAACACUACGGCGCCUCCUGGUUUGGACAUAUGAUCCCAAAAUAAGACUGAAGACCCUUGCAGCCCUGGUGGAUCACUGCCAAGGAAGGAAAGGAGGUGAGCUGGCCUCUGCUGUCCAUGCCUACACGAGAACGGGAGACCCCUAUAUGAGGUCCUUGGUGCAGCACAUUCUGAGCCUGGUGUCUCAUCCCGUGCUCAGCUUCCUCUACCGCUGGAUCUAUGAUGGGGAGCUUGAGGACACUUACCACGAAUUUUUUGUAGCAUCAGAUCCAACAGUUAAAACAGACCGACUGUGGCAUGACAAAUAUACUUUGAGGAAAUCGAUGAUUCCUUCAUUUAUGACAAUGGAUCAAUCUAGGAAGGUCCUUUUGAUAGGAAAAUCAAUAAAUUUCUUGCACCAAGUUUGUCAUGACCAGACUCCUACCACAAAGAUGAUAGCUGUGACCAAGUCUGCAGAGCCACCGCAGGAUGGUAUGACUGCAGAUUUAUUCACAGAUUUAGAAAAUGCAUUUCAAGGGAAGAUCGAUGCUGCUUAUUUCGAGACCAGCAAAUAUCUACUGGAUGUUCUCAACAAAAAGUACAGCCUGCUGGACCACAUGCAGGCCAUGAGGCGGUACUUGCUUCUUGGACAAGGAGACUUUAUAAGGCACUUAAUGGAUUUGCUAAAACCGGAACUUGUCCGUCCAGCAACAACUUUGUAUCAACAUAACUUGACUGGAAUCCUUGAAACUGCUGUGAGAGCCACCAAUGCACAGUUUGACAGUCCUGAGAUCCUCAGAAGGCUGGACGUGAGGCUGCUGGAGGUCUCUCCGGGUGACACUGGCUGGGACGUCUUCAGCCUGGAUUACCACGUUGAUGGACCCAUUGCAACUGUGUUCACACGAGAGUGCAUGAGCCACUACCUGAGAGCGUUCAACUUCCUCUGGAGGGCCAAGCGCAUGGAGUACAUCCUCACCGACAUCCGGAAGGGACACAUGUGCAACGCCAAGCUCCUGAGGAGCAUGCCGGAGCUCUCUGGGGUGCUGCAUCAGUGUCACAUUCUGGCCUCGGAGAUGGUGCACUUCAUUCAUCAGAUGCAGUAUUACAUCACAUUCGAGGUGCUGGAAUGCUCCUGGGACGAGCUUUGGAACCGAGUCCAGCAGGCCCAGGACUUGGACCACAUCAUCGCAGCGCAUGAGGCCUUCCUGGACACCAUUACCUCCCGCUGCCUGCUGGACAGUGGCUCCAGGGUACUUUUAAACCAACUCAGAGCUGUGUUUGACCAGAUUAUUGAGCUUCAGAAUGCUCAAGAUGCAAUAUACAGAGCUGCUCUGGAAGAACUGCAGAGACGAUUACAGUUUGAAGAGAAAAAGAAGCAGCAUGAAAUUGAGACCUGACAGAGCAUCUGCAUGGGAGAUCUGCAGCAGAACGCUGUGUGCGAUGGUGAGGCCUGGGGACCUUUCCCAGAGACCUCGGGUCCAGGGCUGUCGCUGUGUUGCACUGAGGUCCUCCAGCACUGAGCUGAGGAAAGGAGCACACGGGGAGAGAGCUACCUUCUUUUUGCCGAAGCUGGUUUGGGAGCUCAGAAGUCUGAGAAGAUUUUCAGGUGAGUCACUGAAGUGGACAAGUGCCUCUGUCAGGGUGCUGGGAACAAGGUCAGCCUGCAGCAGCCCAUUCAUUUCCUUCAGCAGCAAUGGAGUCCUCCACGAAAUGCCUUUAAAGGAUUCUGAGAUGCUGCACAGUCUGUGGAAGCCCCAUAGACACAUCACAGAUAGCAGGCCAGCUGAGGUGUGCCGGCCCCUGUGGCUGUCCCUGUGCUGAGAUAGUGACCCUCGACAGCCGAGUGGUUGUAGCAGGGAGCCCGUGGCCCGGGCCUUAGAGUGCCAGGAAGAGGCACCGUGCCUUCUGCUGUGUGGCACCUUAAGAGGCAGCAAAGGGCCCAGUAGGGAGCGGCCUAUGCAUUGGAGAAUUGGACACAGGUGGCCCAGUGCCUUUUCUGACCCCAGGACUGUGGCUUUGCCUUGUCUUUAUGAUGAUAUUGAUUAACUAAUUCCAAGAUAUAUGUGGAAAUAAGACUUAGGGAAGAGUCAGCUGAACAGGGAUCGGCAUGAGUAAUUGAGGACACUCACACAGCUGUCCCCACAUCUACAGACUCAGCCUUCUGCAGGUCGGAAAUGUUUGGGAGAAAAAAAUUGCACCGGUACUCAACACUACAGCCUUCUUUCCUUGUCAUAUCCCUGAGACAACGCAGUGUGACCGCUGUGUGCUUAGCACGUACAUGGUGUCAGGUGCUGUAAGUGUCUAGAGACAGUUCAGAGUGCCGUGAGGUGUGUGCGUGUCCUGUGUGAGCACUGCCCUCUUGAUAAGGACUCGAGCAUCUGUGGAUUUUGGUGUCCACUAGGGCUCCUGGCACUGUCCCCCAUGGUUAUGGAUGGACGAGUUUAUACUCAAGACUUACAAUGAAGUUAUGGUAAUUAAAAGAAUGAUACUGGCUGGAGGAAAGAUCAGUGGAGCAGAAUCAUCCAGAAAUGGCCCCAUGUGUCCAGAGGUGGCACUGAGAAGAGCAGGCAGGGGCAUCAGUUGGCAGCGUUAGGGAGCUCCUUGACCUUUCUGUGCACGCACACACAGGAGCCAGGGCAGGGUUUUACACCCAAGUGCAGAGGUGAGGUACUAGAGCUUCAGAGGGCAUAAAGUAUCAUCGUGACCGUGAGGGUAGGAGACCUUUCAAUUGGGUAAUUAUAAAAGAAGUUAAGUUGAUCUUACAUCCCAGUUAGUAACAUCUGUCAUUGGCACGUAACAUCAGCACAUACCGCCAGCUCAGCUGGAGAAGCUGUUUGCAUCCACACAGGUGUCAGCUCAUCCAGAAUGCGUGAGCGCAGCUGCAAGUCCAUGCGACGACCCCAGGAACCAUGUGCCUUCAAUUGAUGAGAAGUAUCCGUGUUAACCACCAGUAACUCGAGACUAAACAUCUGUACUGCACCAGGCAGAAUGGCUGACCUUGUUUUUCUUUCCUGAGCUUUUCUUUUUCCUACCUUUUUUACUGGAGCAUUGUAGCUGUGCAUGAUGGUGGGGUUUGUUCCUACAUACUCAUAUGUGCACACAAAAGGCCAACGUUUUGAAGAUUGACAGUGUCCACUGUGGGUAGGUGGAGCCAGUGAGAACUUGGCACUGCUGGUGGAGGGCAGGUUGGAGCAGACACUUUGGGAUGCGUGGGCAGUGAUGUGUGCUGGGCCUGUGAGCAUCUGGCCCAUCGCCUCACUCUUGGGGGACCCCUGCAGCUCUGCAGCUGCCGGUCCCCAUCCCACUGGGUGAGGCCACAUGUGUGCGUCUCCAUGUGACGAGGAGGCUGUAGGCUGUCCAUGUAUGAGCUCUGUAUCUUUUUAUGCUUUCUGCUGCAGCAAAGGAGCAUGUUUAUAUUUCAGUGUAGGGUCUAGAGUACUCCUCCAUGUAAGUUACUAAAGAGAGAUGAGUUCAGUAACGCCUGUACGUUGCUGGUCGAAAAGGCAUUUAUUUAAGUCACCACUGAUUGGAAAUCACCUUUUUAAAAAUAGAAGUAGGUGGAAAUGUCUCUAGUAGAAUUGCCUCCAUCUCAGGAAUGAAUUAAGCCUGUCCUAAGGGACAUGGCAGUGCCCCGCCUGGAGUCCACUCUCACCUGUGUUUUCAGGAGGAUGUCAGGCUGUGCAUCUGUAGUCGGGAAAGACGGGCAGCCUGGGUGAAUCACAUAGGUUGUUGCCUGCUGUAUAGUGUGAUACUGUAGGUACUAAAAGCAAGUAUUUAUCAAGAAAUUAAAUUUGGUGAUUUUGAUU